ACUAUGUAGUAACGCGCAAAGAAAGUGAAAUUGUACCAAACAAAAUUCAUAGUGAUAGUACACUAUUGUUGUCUCUCUCCACUUCACAACUUUCACAUUUUAUUAUUACUGCAUUUCAAUUUCAUUUCUCUCAAAGCUUCUAGAGAGAAAACCCAGGUGUUGUGAGAAAGAAGACACUUGUGAAAUGGCUUUAGGAAGCAAUGAGAAAAGAAAAUCAAUUUUCAAAGCUCCUCUUCUGUAUGUGGGACUUGGAAUGGAUUCUGAUUCCCUUAGAAGCCCCACUUCACCACUAGAUGAUGUUACUUUGCUUUCAAAUAGAGGUAACACUUUAAGAACAUCACCACCUAAUCAAGGACAAAAAAGGGGUUGGAACUGUACCAAAGUUGGUUUAAGUAUCAUAGAUUCUUUGGAAGAUUGUUCUAAAUUUUCUAGGAAUGUUCUUUUGUCAUCUGAGUUUAACAAGGGUAGUUUCAGUCCUAAUCCUAGUCCUCAAAUGAUUACCAAAGUCACUAAUUGUAAUCACUGUUUGGAUUCUGUUAUGGCUUCUAAAUCCUUACCUAAAGAUUUUUUUAAGCUUCCUUAUACUAAAAAUAAUUCUGUUUUCCAUAAGGGUGAGUCUAAUGUUGUUUUUGAAAUUGGUGAACCAUUGCUUGAACAUGAGUUGCCCUUUGGAAAAUCAAUGUCUUGUUCAUUGGACUUAUAUAGUCCAAUUAAAAAUUCUAAGUUUGAUUCAAAAUGUGAGAAUUUUUGUUUGAAACCAGUGAGUUUUCCAAACACAUUGUUACCUGUGUCGCUAUCUGCAAGUGAGAUUGAAAACUCUGAGGACUAUACAUGUGUGAUUUCACACGGUCCUAAUCCGAAGAAAACACAUAUUUUCUGUGACUGCAUCUUAGAAGUUCAUGCUGAUGAUGAUGUUAAAAAACAUCAAAAUAAGAAUGAAGAGGAGGGUUCGUCUUCUCCUGUGGUUGGCAGAUUAGAGACCCCGAACCAAUUUCCGUCUGCUGAGUUUUUAACUUUCUGCAAUCAUUGCAACAAGAAAUUGGAUGAGGGGAAAGAUAUUUACAUAUACAGAGGUGAAAAGUCAUUUUGCAGUUUAGCUUGCCGUGCUUUUGAGAUUAUGAUUGAUGAGGAGCUAGAGAAAUCCAAUGAACCACCUGAAAACUCUAUAGAGUUGGAAUCUGGUGAAGAACAUUUUGGAUCUGGCAUCUUCACUGCUGUAUAGAGAGGUUUUUUCUUCCAUUAUCACCGAGUCCAUGAAAUAAGUAGACGCAUAAAAUCAUCUGUUGAGAAAGAGCUGUUUUUAUGAACUUUAGCAGCCAUGGAUGAUUUUUUUUUUGUACAUCAUUGCGUUUGCCAUUGUUUUUUUAUUUUGGCUUUCAUGGUCUCGGUGGAUGGUGACUCUCUUCAGCUAGAUUUGGUUUUGUUAUAUGACUUUAUGAUACUAUAUGUUAUGUUAUGAAAUUAUAUGAUAGGUUAUGUAUGCUUUUUGAAAAUGCAUAAAUUAAAGGGUUUAAGCUCAUUUUUCUUGGCUUACCCUUUUGUUCUAGUUUCUUUACUACUUUAUGUGUGUAAGAAUCUAUGUAUGCAACCUUAACAAGUUUUUGACUUGGAUCUUAUAUAUGACUAUUGUAAUGUAUCUGAAACUGUUUCCAAUGAUUUUUGGAGUGUAAAUCGGAAUAUUAAUUGA